GAUUCAGUCUAAUUGCUUUCAGCUGAGCUCACAGAUACCACCCAUAAGCUAAAAGCACACACAACCCUCAUGCAAUCACCUAUUCUUCCUGGUGGGGGGUGCUUAGAGCCAUUCCUAGCUCAACCAGUCCCUGAAUCCCGGUGUAAUUGGUGGGGUGGGUGGAGCUAGCACUCAAAACCUCACCCAUUUCUCCCUUACCAGCCAGCUGAGGAGCUCUCUUGCUGUUUAUAUGUUGAUUUCCCUCAGCUCUAGGGCACCAAGUGGGAGAAGAACCUGCCAUUUAGCUGGUAGAGAUGCCAGAGGGCCCAUCAGUGAGGAAAUUCCAGCUGCUGACCUCCCAUUUUGUGGGGCAAGUGGUGGCCAAGGUGGGGGGAAGCAGCAAGAAGAUUAAUGUGAAUGACCUGAAUGCCUUGAGGCUCCAGGAUUCCCAGGUUCAUGGCAAGAACUUAUUCCUAGCAUUUGUGGCAGCCAGCUCUCCCUUAGGACCAAGCGUGGAAGAGACAGUGCUGCAAAAAGAGGCUGCCACAGGGGCUAGUUCCCUUGCCCAGGGAGGGCAAGAGCAGGUUUGUGCUCCAUUGAUGCAUCCCCAGGAAGAGGAGCUGACGGAGGAACUCCAGAACUCCAGACCUGGUGCCCCAGGUGCAGCAUUGGGUCCAGGCAGUUGGCUGCGCUUCCACUUUGGCAUGUUUGGCAGCAUUCGGGCAAACGAGUUCUCAAGAGCAAGCAGAGCCAAUAAGAGGGGGGACUGGAAGGACCCUAUACCCAGGCUGGUGCUGUAUUUUGAGAGUGGAGGCUUCCUCGUUUUCUACAACUGUCGAAUGCACUGGUGCUCAUCUCCAGUGGCUGAUCCCACUUCUGACAUCCUGUCUGCGGAGUUCCACCGUGGCCAGGCGCUGGAUGCCCUCCGCACGCCCCGUCCCAUCUGUGACACCCUCUUGGACCAGAGAUACUUCUCAGGGCUGGGGAACAUCAUUAAGAAUGAAGUCCUGUACCUAGCAAAGAUCCAUCCAUUAACACAAGGAUCUCUCUUGGCACAAUCAGAUCUGGAGCAUCUGCUUGACUGUGCCGUUCAGUUCACCUCUGACUGGCUGCGGAGCAAGCUGCAAGGCAAAGGGCUGCACCUGCAGAUCUACCAGAAAGAGCAGUGUCCUCUUGGGCAUGUGGUGAUGAAAGGAACCCUUGGAUCCCCGGGUGGCUGGAAGAGGCUUACGUGGUGGUGUCCUCAGUGCCAACCUGCAGUGCUGUCAGCCGAUGGGGAUCUGACCCUGGACACUGAGUGACCUGGUUUUGUGUUCCUUCUUUCCUGGAAGGUGCCUAGGUGGUCUCUGAAAGGUCUUCUGACAAGGGCUUCAUGGUUUCUCUGGUGUUCUAGAAUCUGUUGCUUAUUGACAGUGAGUUGGCAGAGUGAACUGCUCAGCAGAGGUGACAGGAUUCACUAGAGUGCCUUGUGCCUCUGGAUACAGAAAGGAGAAAGUUUGUAUAUCUAUUUUUUUGUAGCGACACAACUGUGUAAAUAGUUUGACUAGUUCUGAGGUGUCCGCACUGGAGUGAAUGGAAAAACUAGGGUGUUGAGCAGGUGGCAUGAGUCCCCUUGACCCUAGUAUGAAUGCAACAACUGGUGGUGAUUGAACCAUGCAGAGGAAUGUACUCCUUUCUCCUGAACAGCUUGUGUAGUUCAGCAUUAGAUAAUCCUGCCUCUGCUUAUAGCUGAGUAUGCAUUCUGUAGUGAUUAGGUGUGGUUAAAAUUAAGUGGCUGUUCCCUCCAUCAGCUCUUAGCAGGACAGCAGCCUCCUUCCAAGGGAUGAAAACAAACUUCAGCAGUGCUUGGUGCAGCUCAUCUCUGCCCACCUGCUGCACUGUCUGCCCCAUAGGCAGGGAUGGCAAUGCUCAGUAAAAUCCAUAACUAAGUCGAAUCAGAAGUAUGGCAACUCUGGGAGUGUCUAACGAUGUUUGACAGGGAGUGCAUAAAACUGGUGAUCUGGAAGGUGGCUCUGAAGCAGGAAGGCCUGGAGGUGGAUUGGGCUGUCCCUAGUUGGUCAGGGUUGUGUCUCCAUGGAAGGUGGAGGCAGAAACUGAUGUCCUCUCCCCCUGAACUUGGCUUUAACAGUGGAUUGUUGACUUGAGUGAAAAAUAAAAACGGGAUUAGUGGAAAUGCUGA